AUGAGAGAUCGUAUGGAAAGAUUUGCACUAAUUCCAUUCUCCUUCGGCUGUGAUUCUGAUGCAAGUGUUGCAGUUGGCACCACCCAAUUGCCUGAAAAGAAAUACAAAAGCUCAAGUUUGGUUAAAACAAGACAAAAGGAGGGAAAGGGAAAGCCUUCAAGAGAGAAAUCAAUGAAGAAAAGGAGAGGAUUCUUGGCUCUUCCAAAACCACUUUUCUCCAAUGGCUUACGUAGAUUGAUGAAGAAUCUCAAAAGUUUUUCUCAAUUGUUUGUUUACAAGGAAGAGAUGGGGGAAAAGGAACUGGAAAUAGGGUUUCCAACAGAUGUGAAGCAUGUAAGCCAUAUAGGAUUGGAUGGAUCAACUACAGUCAACCCAAUUCCAGAAUGGAAAAAUCGAAAAGCUCCUGAAAUACUUUCAUUUCCUUCAAUUUCUUUAAAACAAUUUGAACUUGCAAUGGCUGCCCAAUCUCAUGGCCCUUUAAGUACUACCACUGCUACCAGAUUUACCCCCAAUAACACUAUGAACUUACAAUGCUAG